AUGGAUUAUGCUCAAGAGCUGAUGUCAUGCUUUGCUUGGCCGUUGAGGCCACAACUGCACAAUACUCACCGUGGACGUGCAGGCCUGAAAGCAUCGACGCCUAAUCUAAUGCCUCACCCGUUUGAAGAAGCCCUGGAGCUGACGGACGCGGAGGAGCAGGACUGCUACGACCGCGCCUUCCAGCUCUUGAACCGCACGCUGCGCAGCUAUGACGACCGCGAUCGGCAGGGCCAAGAGGGACAAGUAUCCUCCACGCCUCUGCACCAUUCAAAGCUGGACAGCAGUCGCUGGAAGCUGCUCAGGACACACGCCAACGCGUCGCUUUACCUGCAGCUGCAGCGCGACCAUCGAGACGACGGCAUCCUCGGCGAGGACUCGAAGGAACCGGUGGUGGUCCUCACGGCCGGGACGAUUCAAGGCGAGCUGGACGAAGUCAUGCUCGGCCUCAAGGCGCUGGACGCCAACAGCAUCCGAUACCGCACCGAGCUGCUCAUCAACCACAUCGCAGACGGAGCCGUCUUGGCCCAGCUCUUGGGCCCCACCGAGGUGGACCCGUUCCGGUUUCUCGGCGUCACUUGGCUCAUGUACGAGCAGAGCUGGCCGCUCAAGUCGGUGAUGCGGCCGCGAGACCUCUUGACGCUCACGUCCACCGGCACCAUGACACGAGAGAAUGGCGACCGCAUCGGCUUCGAGGUGGUGCAGUCCAUCAAGUUCCCGCAUUGCCCGUUGCUAUCGGGGAUCGAACGCGACAACGCCACGUACGCCGCGAUCUUCAAGCAGCAGGGGCCUGGCGUCGUGGACGUCUACAUGUGCACGUACGUGGAGACUCGUGGCGCCAUCAUGGACAAAGUGAUCGUCGGUUUUACGUGGAAAGCGGCGCUCAAGUUCUGGGACGCCCCGCAGCUCGCCGAGAUGAAGAAGUUGCAGUGCUGUCUAGCCACCCGCGGGCUGGAGCGCCGGAAGGAGCAGGAACGAGCGUCUUCAACGUCGAGGGCGAGUGCUUGCAAGCGCUGCUUCGAGAGACCGAGCGUCAUGAGGAGAUUCAGCACCAUUCACAUUGGUCGCGGGGAUAAUAAGAGCAGCUGGUCCUGCGCGCUGUGUGCGUCGUCGGUCUGCUCCGACUGCCGAGUGGAGCGGACACUCAAGGUAGCUGGGACGAAGGAUCAGCGUGUCGUUCUAUCUUCACCCCGCAGAGAUUGCAAUGCUCAACAGGAAACACCGACCAGGACAAUCAUCAUCUUGGCCCAAUACACGGAGUUGCUCUAA